AACAUUCGUUGCCUUGUUGACAUUUGCUGGGCUGUGGGUCUCAUUGCAGAGAUGCUGCUGCUCCUGGCCCUAACAGGGCUCCUGGCCAUUCUGGCUGUGUCCCAGCCCUCUGAGGGUGCCACUCCAGCUGUCGUGGGGGAGGUGGAGACCUCGGUGGUGCUGACCUGCAUGGAGGAAGCUAAGCGGCUCGUGGAUAAGGCCUACAAGGAGCGGCGGGAAAGCAUCAAGCAGCGACUUCGCAGUGGCUCGGCCAGCCCCAUGGAACUCCUGUCCUACUUCAAGCAGCCGGUGGCAGCCACCAGGACAGCUGUGAGGGCCGCUGAUUAUCUGCAUGUGGCCCUAGACCUGCUGCAGCAGAAGUUGCGGCCCCUGCGGCCGGGGCCCUUCAAUGUCACUGAUGUGCUGACGCUCGCCCAGCUGGAUCUGCUGUCCAAGUCAAGUGGCUGCGCCUACCAGGACGUGGGGGUGACGUGCCCGGAGAAGGACAAGUAUCGCACCAUCACCGGGCACUGCAACAACAGACGCAGCCCCACGCUGGGGGCCUCCAACCGCGCCUUUGCUCGAUGGCUGCCAGCUGAGUACGAGGACGGCUUCUCGCUGCCCUACGGCUGGACGCCCGGCGCCAAGCGCGGCGGCUUCCCGGUGCCCCUGGCUCGCGCGGUCUCCAACGAGAUCGUGCGCUUCCCCACGAAGCAGCUGACCCCGGACCGGCAGCGCUCGCUCCUGUUCAUGCAGUGGGGACAGCUGAUCGACCACGACCUCGACUUUACCCCCGAGCCCGCCGCCAGGGUCUCCUUCCUCACGGGCCUAAACUGCGAGACCAGCUGCCUGCAGCAGCCGCCCUGCUUCCCGCUCAAGAUCCCACCCAACGACCCCCGCAUCAAGAACCAACGCGACUGCAUCCCCUUCUUCCGCUCCUGCCCGGCCUGCACCCAGGGCAACAUCACCAUCCGCAACCAGAUCAACGCGCUCACCGCCUUCGUGGACGCCAGCAUGGUGUACGGCAGCGAGGACCCCUUGGCCAUGAGGCUGCGCAACAGGACCAACCAGCUGGGGCUGCUGGCUGUCAACACCCGCUUCCGAGACAAGGGCCGGGCCCUGCUGCCCUUCGACAACCUGCACGACGACCCCUGUCUCCUCACCAACCGCUCCGUGCGCAUCCCCUGCUUCCUGGCAGGGGACACCCGCUCUAGUGAGAUGCCCGAGCUCACCUCCAUGCACACCCUCUUUUUGCGGGAGCACAACCGGCUGGCCACACAGCUCAAGCGCCUGAAUCCCCGCUGGGAUGGAGAGAGGCUCUACCAGGAAGCCCGGAAGAUCGUGGGGGCUAUGGUCCAGAUCAUCACUUACCGGGACUAUCUGCCCCUGGUGCUGGGGCCAGAGGCCUUGAGGAAGUACCUGCCCAGGUACAGCGGCUACAAUGACUCGGUGGACCCACGCAUCUCCAAUGUUUUCACCAAUGCCUUCCGCUAUGGCCACACCCUCAUCCAGCCCUUCAUGUUCCGCCUGGACAAUCGAUACCGGCCCAUGGGGCCCAACCCCCGUGUUCCACUGAGCAGGGUCUUUUUUGCCACCUGGAGGGUAGUGCUGGAAGGUGGCAUUGACCCCAUCCUCCGAGGCCUCAUGGCCACCCCUGCCAAGCUGAAUCGCCAGAACCAAAUUGUGGUAGACGAGAUCCGGGAGCGAUUGUUUGAGCAGGUCAUGAGGAUCGGGCUGGACUUGCCUGCUCUGAACAUGCAGCGCAGCCGGGACCAUGGCCUCCCAGGGUACAAUGCCUGGAGGCGCUUCUGCGGGCUCCCACAGCCCAACACGGUGGGCGAGCUGGGCACGGUGCUGAAGAACCAGGACUUGGCGAGAAAGCUGAUGGCGCUCUAUGGCACGCCCAACAACAUUGAUAUCUGGAUGGGUGGCGUGGCCGAGCCCCUGCAGCCCAAUGGCCGCGUGGGCCCACUCCUCGCCUGCCUCAUAGGCACCCAGUUUAGGAAGCUCCGGGAUGGUGAUCGGUUUUGGUGGGAGAACAAGGGCGUGUUCAGCACACGGCAGCGGCAGGCCCUGGCCAAGAUCUCCUUGCCCCGCAUCAUCUGCGACAACACAGGCAUCACUACCGUGUCCAAAAACAACAUCUUCAUGUCCAACUCAUUUCCCCAGGACUUUGUCAACUGCAGUACCCUCCCUGCAUUGGACCUGGCUCCCUGGAGGGGCAGUGCCUAG